AUAAAUAAAUUGGAUUUUAGAAUUGCUUUGUGAAUAUAAGGUGCGGAGUACUUCAGUCGACCGUAACUAGAACCGAUCCGCCUUCUAUAUGACCGUUUAUAAUCUACAUCGAGUCUUAUUGAUGAGAUGUUUCCGCUGGUUUGUGGUAUUUUCAUCAAUUCGAAUAGAAAGCGUUUGUGUUUCCAUCAAGAUUAAUGUUACGCGUCUUCAUUUUCGCGCUGAUCUAUUACUUAAUUGAAGGACUAACUGCCGUCAGUAAAAUUAAAUGACGUGGUUAUCAAUCAGCAGAGGUCCUUAGCCAUUGAUACCCCCGAAAAUCUCCACUGUUUACGUUACUGAAUCAGCGUGACAACAUUUACACGGUUGUUUUUCAAUCAUCACCUCUCUGUUAUAAGUUAACGAGGCCUUUUAUGGGACAAAAGACAAAAGACUUACCUUUAAACAUGCAUACAAACUGGAAAUAAACUUAGCGAACCACGGUUAGGCGCAGUUCACCUCCUUAAAUAGCUUUAUCAGAUUUUCAGCAGGAUCAAAUACAUUUGAUGUUCGGUUAACCUUUUUUUCCCCGGAUGAGAGAUUCUGGCAAGGAAUGUUUUCAAGGAAUUUGUUUCCUGGAGCAGAAGUUUCUUUCCCAAGAAAAUUCCGGAUGUCGAUGACAAUUUAAACAUAAACGAGGCAAGGGUUUAUACUGGCGUGCACGUCGGACGAAAAAAAAAUUAAAAAGAAAAGGUGCUGUCGUCCUUGUGCUAUCAUAUUACGUCUAAGUUUCAAAUUGCAUAUCUUUCCCGUCCAUGUCACAAGGAAGGCUUAGGAAUAAUAGACUAUUAUCACCGAGUCCCAUCGAUCGAGAGAGCUGAGACAGCGAAGGCCAAUGAGAAAGGAAUAGCUUGCUGUAGUCUGCAAGACUAAGAUCUCUUCGUUGGUUGGCAUCAUGAUUGGCCGUAGUCUGCUAGGUCUGUACAGCUUGCUGAUCGCGUGGUCUUUGGAGUCUGAGGUGCUGAUCAUUUUCACGGAUGGUAAGCAGUCACAGAACCCUAAUUCACCAACAAAAAUAAAUCCAAAAGACAACGCACAGGUUCUCAAAGACAGGAAUGUAACAGUUUUCGCAGUUGGCACUGGUUCUCCUGAUCCGAUCGAGCUAUUACAAAUGUCCAGUGGACCUGAUUUUACCGUGCCGCUUGACUUAAGAGAUCCCAGAAAAGCUGUUGUUUCCAUUACUGAACAGUUCUGCAAAGUUGAAGUUACGGUAGGUCUUGAAUUGUGCUUAAGCAGAGAGGUUAGGCACAGGUAGACGACUCUAUGAGUU